CAAAGAAUGUGAAAAUUAAGCAGCUUUUUGGACGGAUGUUUUUACACGGAGGACUUAUGAUAUUGAGCUGACAUGGGGACAAUCUUAUUAUGAGCGUUGUAAACAAAAUCAACAAUUUUGACGCGUAGUUUUGCUUUGAUAUUUGAAACAGUCAUUCAGCAAAUUUGUGUGAAAAACAUAAUUGUUUCUCAGAAACAAACUAAAAUAAUAAACAGUAAAGGUCUUUAUCAAUGAUAAAAAAUUUACAUUGACUUGUACAUCCAACAAAUCUAAACAUAAAAAAUUUCUGAGAUUGAUAUAAACAUUUUUAAUGCUUCCUUUUUUAUUUCUUUUUGUGUGGGUUCAAUAGAUCCACACAAUUAUAACCACAUCAGCUCUAGAGAACUAAACGCGUCGCCUGAUUGGCAAAUAUACCCUUACUUGCUGCCACACCUCGUGACGUCCUCGUGGAAGUACAAGCGCGUGCGUAAUGUGUACACGCGCACGGACAUACUUUUUCAAUGCUCGUGCAUGGAGGUGGUGUCGAUCGAUGUCGGUCGAUCGACGAAUUUAGCCUGUCCACUUUACAAUCAAACUCGAUCCAAAACGUUCCUUUUUCUGCAGCUCCGAAAAAGCCGCUGUCACCGUUCGCCAAGUUUCGUCAACUCGAUAAACAAAAUAGCGCCAGUUUGUCACCAAGCCCUGUAAAAUCACCGGCAACGGAAUUUCGAUUCAAAUUUACCGAACCAACUGUACGAGAUAACGCUGCACAAAUUAAAGAGCGAUUGCUGGCAUGGUGCCGAUCAAAAACCAAAGAAUACGAAAAUGUACAGCUUGACAACUUCUCGACAAGCUGGAACAAUGGUUUAGCAUUCUGCGCGUUGAUCCAUCAUUUUAGGCCGGAUGCUUUCGACUACAAUUCUCUACGUCCGGAGAAUCGCAGGAAAAACUUCGAACUCGCUUUUACGAAGGCUGACGAAGUCGCUGGAAUCGCGCCGUUACUUGACGUCGAGGACAUGGUGAUGAUGCAACGGCCAGACUGGAAGUGCGUCUUCACGUACGUUCAAUCCAUCUAUCGUCGCUUCAAGGAUGAAGACUAGCAGCUAUAGUUUAUAAAUCGCAACAGCAGCAACAUAUAAUUCCACUUCAUGCCAAGACAUAGCAAUGAUCGCUACUCGUAGAACAGUCUUUUUUUACUUCACUUGUGGUUGGAAGAACA